UUAGUUUAUUCAUAUUUUGAACGCCUUGGGAAUGUCUCUGAGUAUAGUUUAAGCAAUCCUUUUUCACUCGUCUAAUUGUUAAUGAAUUAACCUGCAACAGAUUCAGAUUCAAAAGUUUCCCUCUUUGAAAGCCUGACAAUGUCGCCCCUCCUUUUCUAAUCAGCGAAACUCAAUAACACUGUUUUCUCGGGGGCAUUUUCGACAUUUCACCAGGAAAAGACGAAGAAUAAAAGAAAAGAGCGUCAGGUUUUUCAAGAACAAGAAAUUGCGAAGCAAGAGGGAGAUGAUGAAACUGCUCGCACGUUCAAUGAUGACGUGAAUCUGAACAAACAUAAUUAAAGGCAAGCAGAAAUAGCAAAUUUUCAGAGAGAUCAUUAGCUGCAAGUAGUUCAUCUCCAUCUCCAUUAUCUCUCCACCAUUUCCAAUUCUCAAUCAAGUUUUUUGUGAUCGACUGGUUUCUUGUCUGUACUGGAUUGUUUAAUGGGUGAAUUUUAUAUGGCCAUGUUUUUUUGAGCUCGAUAUCGGCUGAUUCUGCGGUUGCUUUGUACUGACGACAGAUAUUGAAUCCCUACAAAACCUCGUCCUUUUCUUCUUCUUCUUCUUCUUCUUCCUCCUCUUCAGUCAAUCAAUCAAUAAAUCACCUCUGUUGUCUGUUUAGGUCUUUUGUUGUUUACUUGGAAUCCCUUUUUUAAGAAAUCGAAUUCUUCAUUCACAAACUACGAGAAGAUACCUUGCUCUGCGUGUGCUCUCUCCUGUCUCCAAAAAAUUCACUUCUUUAAUUCACUCUCUGCUAAAGCAAAGUUUCUUUUCUUGCUUGAUGAAGAAGGAGUGAAGGUCAUGUUCAUGGUGUUCACACUGUAGGCAAGACCAGAUGAAUAAAAUUGCUGGAAAUUACAAUAUCAAUUCCAAGAAAGCACCUUUGCAUACUCAAAAUGGGAAGAAGAUGGAAUUGCAGGGCGGCAGAAAGUCGCAAUCUGCAGAGAAAACCAUGGCAUCGAGACGCCGGUCAGCAAAAGAAAUAAAAAUGGCGUUAUUAGAAGAUGUCGAUAAUCUGAAGAAGAAGCUGAGGUAUGAAGAGAAUGUUCACAGAGCUUUGCAGAGAGCUUUCAAUCGACCAUUAGGAGCUCUGCCACGUCUUCCUCCUUAUCUCCCUCAAUCUACACUCGAGCUUCUCGCCGAGGUCGCCGUUCUGGAGGAGGAAGUCGUUCGCCUCGAAGAACAGGUGGUGAAUUUUCGACAGGGAAUAUAUCAAGAAGCUGUGUAUAUAUUCUCAAGAAAAAGCCCUGAAGAUUCCACAGCCGAUGAGUUAUCCUCAUCCCGGAGCUCCCAAAGUAAGCAUUCGAGAUCUUCGUCGCAUGGCGAUAAUAGUUUGGGAUCAUUUAGGACACGAGCUUCGUGUUCCCUUUCGAGCAGGAAAUUGUUCUCAUUGGACAGCCUAUCCGACUCCUCGAGGCAUUGUCCCGAGAGCUUGUCCAUCGAUAAACACCCUCAGAAUGAAUCGAACAAUGAAACCAAUCCCCAUUCAAACAAAUAUUACAAAUCCUACGGCGAAAGGAAGUCCGUGAAGGGAUGCUUGUCGAAGCCCGAUUCAGUGAUCAAGAAUGUGAAUUCCCCCAAGAUUCAGUGUAGGAACGUCGAGCAAGCGCAGGAGAGCUCGUCCAGUUCUUCAGACAGUCGACUUCCCGAUGUGGAUAGUGAAGCAAAUAGACUGUCCGAGGAUAUCAUCAAGUGUCUGAUCAAAAUCAUCGUAAGAUUGAGCUCAUCGAAACGAAAGACAUUGGAUUCAGAAUCUUUCUCCUCUUUAGCAGCCAAGGGAUUCGAUCAAAAUGACUUCAGAGAUCCUUAUUCCCAAUCAUCCGAGCUCAGGAAGAGAGAUAUCGGAACCUACAAACAUCUUCAUUCGAUCGAAGCUCAUUCAUUAGAUAUCAGCCGGAAAACAAAUGCAACCUUUCUAAUCCGCCGGCUGAAGCUUCUAUUGAACAAGCUGGCCUCGGUGAAAUUCGACGGUCUAAGCCAUCAGCAGAAGCUGGCUUUCUGGAUUAACAUCUACAACUCCUGCAUUAUGAAUGCGGUUUUGGAAAACGGCCCUGAUAUGAUCGUGGCGCAUAUGCAGAAGGCAACAAUAAAGGUUGGAGGACAUGUGGUGAAUGCGUUGAUGAUCGAGCAUCUUAUCUUGCGGCUUCCAUACCACUUAAAAUAUACUUGCUCGAAAUCAGCGAAGAACAACGACGAAAGCAAGAUUUGCAGGACGCUCGGUUUGGAGUGGUCGGAACCAUUGGUCACGUUUGCGCUUUCCUGCGGAAGCUGGUCCUCCCCUGCUGUGAGGGUGUACACUGCGUCUGAGAUCGAGGCGGAGCUGGAGACGGCGAAAAGGGAGUAUCUGCAAGCAGCAGUCGGGAUUUCGGGGACGACGAACAAGCUGAUGAUUCCGAAGCUGCUGGAUUGGUAUGUACUUGACUUUGCUAAGGACAUGGAUUCAUUGCUGGACUGGAUUUGUCUGCAGCUGCCGGACGACGUGAGGGACGACGCCGUUAAGUGCCUCGACAGGAAGGGACGGGAGCCUUUGUCUGCUGUCAUACAAGUGGUGCCGUAUAACUUCAAUUUCAGAUACCUCGUAUACAGGACUCUUCCUCACUUCCGAAAUGUCGGGAACGAAAUAAAAGUUAGGGGUUCUUAAAUAUAUAUAUAUUAUUUUUUUUA